CCUCGGACCACUUCCGGUCGAUGACGCAGUUCCGCUUUGCUGGGCGCGCGGUGGACGGUCUGAAACGUAGAGCACGGCUUUCGCUGGGGCUUCGCGGCCACGGGAGCCCAGCAUGGCUUCCUCACGACCCUCCUCCACGCAGGCAACCAAAACUAAGGCACCAGAUGACUUAGUGGCUCCUGUUGUGAAGAAACCACACAUCUAUUAUGGAAGUUUGGAAGAGAAAGAGAGGGAGCGUCUGGCCAAAGGAGAAUCUGGGCUUUUGGGAAAAGAAGGACUCAAAGCAGGAAUUGAGGCAGGAAACAUUAACAUAACCUCUGGAGAAGUGUUUGAAAUUGAAGAGCACAUCAGUGAGAGACAGGCAGAAGUGUUAGCAGAGUUUGAGAGAAGGAAGCGAGCUCGGCAAAUCAACGUUUCCACAGAUGACUCAGAGGUCAAAGCUUGCCUUAGAGCUUUGGGGGAACCCAUCACACUUUUUGGAGAAGGUCCUGCUGAAAGAAGAGAAAGGUUAAGAAAUAUCCUCUCAGUGGUCGGUACUGAUGCCUUAAAAAAGACCAAAAAAGAUGAUGAGAAAUCAAAGAAGUCCAAAGAAGAGUAUCAGCAGACCUGGUACCAUGAAGGACCAAACAGCCUGAAGGUUGCUAGAUUGUGGAUUGCUAAUUACUCACUGCCCAGAGCAAUGAAACGCUUGGAAGAGGCCCGUCUCCAUAAAGAGAUUCCUGAGACAACUAGAACCUCCCAGAUGCAAGAGCUGCACAAAUCUCUCCGAUCUUUGAAUAAUUUCUGCAGUCAGAUUGGGGAUGAUCGGCCUAUCUCCUACUGUCACUUUAGCCCCGAUUCCAAAAUGCUGGCCACGGCUUGUUGGAGUGGGCUUUGCAAGCUCUGGUCUGUUCCUGAUUGCAACCUCCUUCACACCCUUCGAGGCCAUAACACAAACGUGGGAGCGAUCGUAUUCCACCCCAAAUCCACGGUCUCCUUGGACCAAAAAGACGUCAAUCUGGCCUCUUGUGCUGCUGACGGUUCUGUGAAGCUGUGGAGCCUUGACAGUGAUGAACCGGUGGCAGAUAUUGAAGGCCACACAGUGCGUGUGGCCCGUGUAAUGUGGCAUCCAUCAGGACGCUUCUUAGGUACCACCUGCUAUGACCGAUCAUGGCGCUUAUGGGAUUUGGAAGCUCAAGAGGAGAUCCUGCAUCAGGAGGGCCACAGCAUGGGUGUGUAUGACAUUGCCUUCCAUCAAGAUGGCUCUUUGGCUGGCACUGGGGGACUGGAUGCAUUUGGUCGAGUUUGGGACCUGCGCACAGGACGUUGUAUCAUGUUCCUAGAAGGUCACCUGAAGGAAAUAUAUGGAAUAAAUUUCUCCCCCAAUGGCUACCACAUUGCAACUGGCAGUGGUGACAACACCUGCAAAGUGUGGGACCUUCGACAGCGACGUUGUGUCUAUACCAUCCCUGCCCAUCAGAACUUAGUGACGGGUGUCAAGUUUGAGCCUAUCCAUGGGAAUUUCUUGCUCACGGGUGCCUAUGAUAACACAGCCAAGAUCUGGACUCACCCAGGCUGGUCCCCUCUGAAGACUCUGGCCGGCCACGAAGGCAAAGUGAUGGGCCUAGACAUUUCUUCCGAUGGGCAGCUCAUAGCCACUUGCUCCUAUGACAGGACCUUCAAGCUCUGGAUGGCUGAAUAGGCAGGACCAUGGAAGAAGGACUCAAGCCUCACUCUCCCUUUGGAGCCAUUUUCAAAAGAAAGGAAUUGAUGUGUUUUGUUCUAUCAUGUGUUUUGCCAAUUACCAUGUAUAUAAAUCCUCAAAAGAAUUGAAUUUCUGUCUCAGCUCCCACUUCAGGCAAGCAGCCCAAUCCCUGGGUGUUGGUCAACUCCUUCCAUGGUCGGAAAACUUUAGUUUUCAUCUUCAGGCCCCUCCAUGAACUUUGUAGAGGUUGUUUUUAUUAAUCUUUUGUUUGAAUGCCCUCCUGCUUCCCUCAGAGCACUCAGGACUUCGACUUCUUGAAACCUGGCUUUCCACUGCCUGGUACGUGUUUCAGGACUCCGUGGGGCCCAGAGAGCAGGCUGGCUGUGCUGUGUGCAGGAGGCCCUCGGGCAGAGAGGCGCAGCUCUCGGCGCCGGCUGAACAGCUCCGGCCAGAGCGAGGGCCCUCGGAGCAGGCGGCGGGGACGCAGAGUGCAGCUGUGUCCCGCGUUAGGCAGCAGAGGUUUUACCUCAUCCUGUUGAGUUCACUUGGAACGCUGACUGCAUCGGGAAGUUCAGAACUGAGCCUCUGCCUCUUCAGAAGAUGUCUUCCAUUUUGCUUUGAAGUUUGGCAUCCUUUGUGUUACCCAAAGCUAGGCCAUUGUGUCAAGAUUCAAUGAAAUUUUUAGAAAGCAAA